AUGAGGUCUUCUGAAGGAACCUGUUACUUUCUCCUCAUCUUGGUGGUGGCUGAACUGCUUCCCGGUUCAUCCUGUGGCAAUAAUCCCCGUUACGAGAAGUUCCUGAACCAACACCGGGAUGAUCCGAAGAGCAGCUUCCACGGCCGAUACUGUGACUCCCUCAUGUCCAGACGUGGCCUGACCAGGCCCGAGUGCAAGGAAGUCAACACCUUCAUCCACGGCUCCAAAAGAGAUAUUCAGGCGGUGUGUGCUGGAGGGGGAGUGCCCUCUGGGGACCUGAGGCGCAGCCAACAUCCCUUCAGAGUGACCACUUGCACCCUUAGGGGUCGCUCAACCCGUCCACCUUGUGAGUACAGAGAAAACACCUCUCCCCGGUACAUCGUCAUUGCUUGUGAAAACGGUUGGCCUGUACACUACGAUGAAAGCCAGAUC